CAUUGAGAAAAAAAAGAAGGAAAAAAGGAAAAAAGAGCGAGAGAGAGUGAAAGAGUUUACUCUGCUGGACUCCGGGAGGCUGAAGCUCAUCCUCACCACGCUCUACAGCGAGGAACAAACCCGCAGCACGACAUCAAACUGUUCAGAGCGGAAACUUUUCCAGCUUCAGAAGAAACGUCAGUGCUGAAGUUGGAGGCAACAAGGUGGUUAACACGCUCUGCUGUGCUCCCUUUUGAGCCGCCCCUCCUCCCUCCCCAUCCUUUACUCUGCCUCUUCCAACAUGUCCUCUCAAGACACUGCCAUCAAGGGGUCUCGACCUGUGACCCCUCCACUGCCUUCUCCAAGAUCCCCACGGUCUCCAGAAUCUCUGCACCUCCCGGCCUGCAGACACAGAGAUCGCUCGCCUUCCCCUAUGAGAGGCUACCUCAUCCCCAGCCCUCUGCCCACACGCAGAAACAGGACCUGCUCAGCGACGGCUCGUGCAUCGGAGGGACCCGUGUUUACUGGCGUGUGUAAAUAUUUCUCGCGCUCCAAAGGCCAUGGAUUUAUCACGCCAUCGGACGGGGGCGCUGACAUCUUUGUCCAUAUCUCAGACAUCGAGGGCGAGUAUGUGCCGGUGGAAGGCGAUGAAGUGAGCUACAAGGUUUGCUGCAUCCCUCCUAAACUCGAGAAGAUCCAGGCAGUGGAGGUGACCAUCACCCAUCUCAAACCUGGGACCAAACACGAAACCUGGUCGGGGCGCACCGUCGACAGCUGAACACCUGAACCGCGCUGGUGGGAGGGAAGAGGAGUGGGUGGAGUCAGCAUGAUUGGGGGGGCGGGGUGGAAGAAUGAAGUGGGGGGAUAAAAACCUGGGAGUGGUGGAGGAGCCAGAGGUGGUGCAUACUGUUGGUUUGUGAAUAGAGGGGGGACUUCACCUUAGGUUAGACUUUUAGAUCCCUGCUUAAAAAAAAUGAUAGUGAGAUGUUUGGAAAAGGAGUUUUCACAGAUUUUAGUUUGGAGGAGCUGAACCGGCCGUGGCUGCUCCCCGUGGACCCCGCGCCAUGGGGUUAUUCUACAAACUCCACUGUGAGGCGUACUCCUCUGCUUGUGCCUGCUUCUAUCAUGUGUGUUUGACAUGUUUGGAUGGCUCAACAAGUGAAUUAAAGAACUUUCACCUGGUA